UGCCAACCAUUUUCUUCUCGCGACCAUCAUUCAUUGUUCGUCGAUCUCGAGAGUUCAUUGUCAUCCAACUUCUCAACACCCCCCUUCCAAUUCCACCUCUUUUGUGAUAGGGAUGAUGAGCAAAUUCGAACACAAUCUUCUAUAAAGAAUACUGUUUAACAUUGUUAGACGAUCUGCGCGACCUUAAUUCGGUGUACGACUCUACUUAUAAUUCGCUGCCUCGCGCCGAACCCGCGUCUCUAACUUCCGUCGUCGCCACAUCGUACAAUUCGCGCAAUUACGCCACCAUUAUGGCUGACUUCAACAACUUCGGCGUCUCAGAUGAGGAAAAUGUUGAGAUCAAGAAAUUGACUCUCGAAGUAGAAGCUGAUACCGACAACUUCGAGUCAUGGGAAAAGCUCAUUCGUGCCUGUGAGGGUCAAGAAGGCGGUCUGAACCGAAAUUCUAGCCCUCAGGCACUCGCUGCGCUUCGCGAUGUCUACGAUCGAUUUCUUCUCAAAUUCCCCCUUCUUUUCGGUUACUGGAAAAAAUAUGCCGACCUAGAGUUUGCCAUUUCUGGUCCUGAAUCGGCUGAGAUGAUUUAUGAGCGUGGAUGUGCGAGUAUAACAAACUGCGUUGACCUAUGGACCUCAUACUGCUCCUUCAAAAUGGAGACCACCCACACCCCUCAUUUGGUCCGAGAACUUUUCGAGCGAGGUGCAUUAAGCGUCGGAUUGGAUUUCCUAGCCCAUCCUUUCUGGGACAAGUACAUUGAGUACGAAGAGAGGCAGGAAGCUGAGGAGAAGAUAUUUUCUAUCCUACAGCGGGUUAUCCACAUCCCGAUGCAUCAGUAUGCUCGCUAUUUCGAGAGAUUCCGCCAACUUGCCCACAACCGCCCCAUCAAGGAGUUAGUCCCGUCUGACACCCUCGCGCGUUUGAAAGCAGAAGUAGAUGCCGAGAAUACCGCGUAUGGUGGUGGCGCCAGAACUGAACUAGAGAUUGAACGAGACAUCCGAGCUAAGAUUGAUACCAUGUUCUAUGAAGUCUUCCAGAAGACCCAGGAGGAAACGACUAAACGAUGGACGUACGAAGCAGAGAUAAAGCGACCCUACUUCCACGUCACGGAAUUAGAAAACUCACAACUAGCUAAUUGGAGAAAGUAUCUUGAUUUUGAAGAGGGCGAGCAUGAUUUUGCCAGGACGGCCUUCCUUUACGAGCGUUGCAUCGUAACGUGCGCUCUGUACGACGAGUUUUGGCUGCGAUAUGCUAGGUGGAUGUCAGCUCAACCCGGCAAGGAAGAAGAAGUGCGUCAUGUCUACAUGAGAGCCGCCACCCUUUUCGUACCUAUGAGUCGCCCAGGCAUCCGGCUACAGUGGGCCUAUUUCGAGGAGUCCUAUGGUCGCAUUGGUGUUGCUCGCGAUAUUCACGAGGCCGUACUCAUGCAAUUACCUGAUUGCGUGGAGGCCAUUGUGUCCUGGGCGAACCUCGAGAGGCGACAAAACGGACUCGAUGCUGCUAUCCAAGUUUAUAAGACUCAGAUCGAUGCCCCCCAUGUUAAUCUAUUCACGAAGGCGGUCCUUGUCACUCGGUGGGCUUUCCUACUGUGGAAGAUUAAGGGGUCGGUUGACGAGGCUAGAGCCGUGUUCCUUAAGAACGUCCAAUGGUAUGCCGAUAGUCGCCACUUCUGGGAGAAAUGGCUUGACUUUGAAUUACAGCAGCCGACAAGCCUAGAGCUUGAAUCGCAACAUGGCGAGCGCGUCAAACAAAUAUUCCAAGAGUUGACUGUAAAGAGCCGAAUAUCAUCAGCAGCGAAGAAGGAAUUGUUCCUGACCUAUCUCACAUAUCUUCAAGAAAGAGGUGGUACAGAUGCGAUGAAGCAUUUCCUCACCGUCGAUCGCGAAAUCUAUGGUCCCGCUUCCUUGACGAUCCUUGACAAAACCACGACUAAGGAAAAUGGUAUUGCAAAGGCUCCUUUAGACGAAGCAACUAGAGUAAGGGCCGAGAGUAGAUACCCUGCAUUCUACGAGUAUUACAUAGAACCAGACUCUAGCUCACAAGGCACCGCAUCUUUCCAGUAGACUAGCUACUGAGUACACGACCAGUUUUGGUCUUCCCUAGAAGCUAAAGGUUCUGAUCUCAAGGAGCACAAUACUCGAGUAGGAUGAGGCAAUAAGGGUCUGUACCAUAUUCAAUUUCGUUUUUUUU